AUGAUUGAAUAUACUCUUAAUAUAUCAAAGGAAAUAAAAAAAGAAAAAAAAGAAAAAAAACAAUAUGAUAAUAUUGUAUCAUCGGCUCUAAAUUACUACAAAAAUUUUAAUUAUUCAGAAUGCAAAGAAAAAUAUAAUGGGUCUAAAAUUUCAUGCCAUAUUUUAACUGAAAAUCUUAACCCUAAAGAAAAAGAGGCACUAAGAAAUCUUAACAAUAUUGUUGUAUCUAAAAAAAACGAAAAUAAUAAAAGUAAUAUAUUUAGUGAACAAAAUGGAAAUCAGAAUGAUGAUAUAUUUUUAAUAGAAAAGGAAUUAUGCUUACAAAAUGAUUUGUUAAAAGAAAAUAUAUUAACUAAAUUACAAAUCAAUAUAAAUGAAUAUCUAUAUGAUGUGAAAGACAAAAUAUGUAAUGAAAUUUUAUUUGUUGUUGAUAAAAAAAAACUAUUAAAAAAAUAUAUAUAUGAAUUACAGUGUAAUCAUUUUGAGAUUUUAAAAAACAUUUUUUUUCUGUUUAAUAAUAAUAAUAAUAAUGAAUAUAAUGAUUAUGCAAUCAAUGAAAUGUUCCACAUACUCCUUUUAUGUUUUAAUAAAAAUGAUGAACAAAAUAUUUUAAUUAUUAUAUAUAUUUUUAUUACCUUAUUAAAUCAAAAUAAUAUUAAUAAAUAUUACACGCAUAUAAUUGACGCUUUAAUUACUAUAUUAAAUGUUGAUCAAUGUGCAUUACCCCUUUAUCAAAAAGAUGAUAAUAUACGACUAUUUGACCAUAAACCUAUGGUUCUUAAAAAUCAAUUUAUAAGUGAAUAUUGUAGAUAUUUUUUGUUCUUGUAUUUUUUUUAUACUAUGCGCCUUAUUUCGAAUUAUCAGAUAAGCAUUUAUUUGGAUAAAAUAAUUCAAGUUUGUUUGGUUGGCCUGUUCGAUAACUGUUAUGAAAUAAAUUUUAUAAUAAUGAAUUUUAUAGAAGAAAUAUUAGACAAAAUAGAAGAAUGCUACAUAAAUUAUCAUUAUAUAAUCAGUACAAGUUUAUUAAAGUGUUUAUGCAACAAAAAUAGUAAAAUAAAAAUAAAAUGUAUGAACACCCUUGUAAAAAUAAUUAAAAAUAAUAAUAAUAAUACACAAAAUUAUAAAAUAAUUGAAAUGCUAAUUGGAUAUAAAGAUCCUAAUAUAGUUCCAAUCAAAUGUUUUUAUGAUAAUAAUUAUGUAAAUAUAAAUUAUUUAUGUCUUUUAUAUAAUGAUAAAAGUAUAAAAGUCAAAUAUAAUUUUUAUUCUUUUAUUUUUAUCAUAUUAUAUGAAUUCAUUGAUUAUAAUGAUUUUUCAACAUUUUUAUUACCUUACUUAUUCUCUGCCUGUUUUGACAAUUACAAAAUAUUUAGAUUUUUAUCUUUUAUCUACAUACAAGUUCUAUUAAAGCGCAAGCAAUUCGGUAAAAUUUGUACAGACAAUGCUAGUUGUAACAAUAAUUUUCAAAAAAAUAUGAACGAGGAAGAAAUUUAUGAGUUUUUUCCUGAAUGGUCAUAUAAAACUCCAUUUACAUUACCAUUACCAUUAACUGAAUAUUACUUUCCACAAACUCAUAAUAACCCGUUUAUAAUAAAAAAAUAUUAUUACAAAAUCAAUUUACAUAUUUCUGAUGGCAAUAAUAAUACGAAAGAAACGCCAAAUAAUUUUUAUUUUGAUGAAAAUGAAACUCAUCCUGUGUGUGAAGAAAUAGACAAUAAUAAAAAAAUAAAAUAUGAUAAUUUAGAAAUCGAAACACCUGUUCCAAACAAAAUAAAUGAUUAUGAUGAAUACAAGCACUACGAAAAAACUAUUAAUCAAUUUAUAAAUAGUCAUCCCUAUAUUUCUAAUAUAUUGAAAGAACAUAAAAUAAAAGAUAUUGAUAUAACAUGCAACAAAAUGAAUAAAGAAUCUAAAGGAUUAUCAUUUACUCUUUUAAACACUUAUUUUAAACAUUUAUAUAAAAAGGAUGAUGAUGAAACAAAUAAAUCACAAUUUUUAGAAAGUAGUAAAAUUAUUUUAUUAAUUUUUUAUUUUAUUGAAGAUAAUGUUACUGAACAUAUACCCCAGUUUUUUUCUUAUUUAUUUAAUUCCUUUGAUAAAAAAAUUGAUCCACAACAACUUGAUAUUUAUAUUAAUUCGUUGUAUUUAAUAGGCUCUUAUGUUAAUCCUUCUAAUUACUAUUUAUUUAUUGAAAAUUAUUUAAAUAAUACAACGGGAAAUAACUAUAAGCAUAUAACACUAAUUUGUCUAUAUAUAUUAUACUUCACUUUUUUGGGAACAAUUGAAACAUAUAAUAAUAUAAAAAAACGCGGAUUAUCACAAAGUGAUAUACAUCCUAGUUUCAUUAUGAUCAUAACAAAAGUAACAAAUUUUUUUUUUUUGAUAAUUAGUCGGGAUGAAUAUCCUGAAAAGUACAUCUUGAUAUUGCAGAUAAUCUAUUUACUAUUCAAGAAUGAAGAAGUAUAUACAAAAAUCGAGGAAAAAACCAUGAUUCAGUUAAUAAUACUACUAUACAUUAUUUUUAAGAAAACAAAAAAUACCAGAAUAAAUUUACCUAAAGGAAAGGAUCAUAUGUGCAUAUAUAAAAACUUUUAUAUAUCUAUAGACAUUUUUGAUUUACAUUUUUAUUUAACCAGAUUAAAAAGUUUUAAAAAAUUUGAAGGAAUAAAUUUCGACAAAGAAUCAUUGAAUAUACAAUUAAGCUCCGAAAUAAUGUAUGAAGUAUUUAAAUUAUUUGGAAAAAACAUAAAUCAGCAAAAAAUAAUUUUAGAUAUGGUUUCAGAAGAUAUAUUAUACAACCCAUAUUAUGUAUACUAUUUAAUAAAAUAUAUAAUUAAAAAACAAAAUUUUUUUUACGAUCCAAAUUUGUCUUUAUUUUUAUGUAAUAUUAUUAUAAAAAUUUUAAACAUAAAUCAAAAUGAAAAAAAUAUUAUGAAAAUUUUACUAUAUAAUGAAAAAUUAGAAUUAAAUGAUAUUCACCAAGAAACAAUGAAAAAAAAUAAAAACAAAGUAAGACAUGUAUUUUUGGAGUAUUCAUGUACCAUUUUUUUAUUAUUCAUAUUUAAGAAUAUAAAUAUUUACGAACCAUUUGAUAAUAUUAUUGAUACAUGUAAAAUUAUAUACUAUCUACUAUCAGAAAUUAAAAACCCUUAUUCCUUUUUAUACUUCGUAAAGCAAACAUGCUUGGUACAUAAACUUCUAGACAUACUCGAAUGCAGAGAAAUAAAGAGCCUCUAUUUUUGCAAGUAUAUCAUGAAUAAUAUAUAUUUAGAAUAUGGUAAAUAUAUUAACAAUGACGGGGAUUGUAGAUAUUUAGAUAAUAUUAAUAUAAAAAAAAAAAUAGAUAUAAAAAAUAGACUAGAUUACGAAGUAAAUGUUUUAUAUUAUUUUAUAAGUUGUUGUAUAUAUUUAAUAUAUUACAAGUCAUUAUGUUGUAUAAGUAUAAUAUCAAAUAAUUGUACAGAACAAAAUAACGAAAUAAAAUUAAAUGAAUUUUUUAAUAACAUUUUUCAAAAUACACAUAAAAGACUUUUGAAUGUUUUAAAAAUUGGUGAAAAAAAUAACAACACAUUUUUAAAUGCAUAUAAACAUAAUGUUAAUGAAAUAUUAAAAAAUAAAAAUUUUAUGGAGUUGUUUUUAUUAAGAAACAAUAUUUUAAAAGAAAAUGAAUAUAAUAAUCUCAUUUUAAAUAUACAUAUUUAUUUUAGACAUACUUAUGACUUUUUACAAAAUAUUAAUACCUUUAUUUUGAAUCCAGUUAUUAUUAAUUAUUUUUAUGGAGUUAGCAAAGAACAUAUUUAUACUGAACAAAUAACAAAUGAUAUUAUUUCAGAUACUGAAGAUUUAAAUAAAAAUGAAAAUACAAUUAAACAAUCUACACAUAAAACAAACUUUAUAAAUAGUAUAGAAUCAUAUUUUAUUUCUGAUGAUAUAAAUGAUAUAGCUUUAAUACAAUAUGAUACUAGUAAUUUUUGUAGCUAUUUAAAUAAUCAUGAUAUAGCUUUAAUAUUAUUAAGGCAUGAUAUUUAUAAUAUUCCUUUUCGAAUUUUAGAAAAUAAAUCUAUUAUUAUUUUAUUAUAUUCAUACAUAUUAUUUUUUUCUGAUAAUUUUUUUAUACCCAAUUUAACGAAAAAUAUGAACACACCUAUUUCAUCAAAUCUUAGUUUUGGGUUAGUGGAUAAUUUUUUCCUAAAUCCAUCAAAAACACAUAAAACAUAUGUAACGGGAAUUUUUAACGUUUUAAUUCUAAUAUAUUUAGAAAAUGAAAACGCUUUAAAAGAUUCUUUAAAAAAAAAGAAAAGUUUCACAUAUUUUGAAAAAUUGAAUAAUUUAGACAAAUCCACAUUUUCAAAUAUAUUAAAUAAUAUAAUUUCGAGUUAUGAAAAUCAAGACAUUGAACAAAAGUCUCUUAGGAAUUGUAUCAAUUUUUUGUUAAAUAAUUUAAGUAGCCCAUAUCUAGAUAUUUUAACAAAUUUGAGAGAUACAUAUACUAGAACAAAACAUGUCAAAAGAUUAGAUGUAUGCAACUAUAUUAUCAAUACAUUUAGCUAA